UGAUGCUUUUGGUUUAUUAUUUUAUCAAAGGUUUGUUUUCAUGAAAAUUAAUUUUAAUUAUUCCAAAUUUACCUUAUGUAUUUAAAGAUACUUAUAUUAUUUGAAUAAUGUUUCCGAUUUGUUCGAACAAAUUAUCAAUGGUAUAUCUCAAAUGAGGGCUACUAAUAAUCCAAAAAACUGUAGUUCUAGUCAAAUUUCGCUCAUUAACGAAUCGCGUAAUGAAAACAAAGCAGUGAAAUUAGUCAUAAACAAUUUAGAUAAUCGAAGUGGGUGGAAACUGAGAAAGAGAUGGCUGACAAAGCGAAGAAAGAUGACCAACUGCAAAAGAAAAAAGAGGACAGUAGCGAUCGGGAGUCAUCCGUUGAGUCGUUUCACACAAAUAAAUCCGAAUUUUCGACCGCCGCCGAAUCCGAAUUGAUUGACGUUGAUGAUAUUGAGCUCUCUGAUGAGGAAUCUUGGUUAUACAAGUCACCAAAGAAAUUGCCUUCUGUAGACAAAACACUUAACACUUAUAAAUGGCUGAAUAAAGAUAAAGAUAACUUAGAGGUUCAAGAUACGAAAGAUGCUCUUGUGAGAAAAUUAAAUCAAUUACAAAAACGUAAUGAUAUAACAGAAAAGCAUUUAACUGAAGAAAAUAUCAGUUUAUCUAAAGAAGUUCCUGAUGCAGAUAAUAAAUCAGUAUCAACUGACAAAUCUGCACCAGAAACAAAUAAUUCAUCUUUUAAUACAGAAGUGUCAAAAUUAUGUACUGGCAAGAUUCCAUCAAAUGUUCAAGAUUCAGAGUCUGUAAAAGGAAAAGAAAAUGAUGUGUUGGAUGUACACAGAAUUGCACAAUUACAGGAAGAAAGUUUAAGACAAAGCACACAACGAUUUUUGGAUCUUGUAGAAAAGAGAGGCCGUUCAGAUAAGAAUUGUUUUCUUAAAUCAAAGUUUAGUAAACCAGCUUCAGUUGAAGCUCUUAAUGUAUGCAAUGGGAAAUUGGAUGAUGAAGCUGCUUACACACCUUUAGUUCCUAUGCAGACUUUGAAGAAACAAAAUCAAUUUGGUAGUUCUUCCUUUUUACACCAACAAGAUGCACAUCGAGGCAGUCUUCCAAACAUUAAUCCAGGAUAUUACAGUUUAAGAUCUAAAAAGUCAAAAAAAUCUCUUGAUCAGAAAUUAGUCUGUCCAUUGCCACUGUCUCCAUCUCCUUCAAGAUUGCCAUUGAAUGGAGCAGGAUUUCAUGCUUCAUCCAGUGUUUCUCAAAGUAAACUGACAUCACCUCUUGCCGAUUAUUGUGAAUCUCGAACUUUACCCUCAUCUUACAGAAUUCAUUCACGGAGCAAUUCUUCAUCUCGUAAGGAUCUGAAUGCAUUAUCUCCCUCCCCACGUCGAGAAUCAACACCAUUUCUCUCCCAUGCAAGGAGCAACUCUUCUAUACGUCGGGACUCUGCACCAGGCAGUGGUUCAAAAUAUUUAUCUCCUAUGUCAUCCCCUACUCUGUACCAAAGAAAUACCAGUUCAUCUCCAUACUUACAGAGCCCUACUCAACCACGACGGAAUCCACCGAAAGAUCUGAAGACAGUCCCACCGAAUGCGGAGAAUACUUCACAUUCCCCUUCGAGGCGCAAGCCCCUUUCUACAGUGCACAAUUGCUCACCAAAACGUGCCAAUAGUCCAGCCUCCCCACGCAAGGAGGAUCUGAAAGGUUGCAAACUAUCAUCAAAAAUACCUAGUCCAGGGCCAUCUGUAAGGUCAGGAAUACCAGUGCCUUCAAGUUACUCCUCAAGAAUGGCUUCAGAUGACGAAUCAUGGAGCCAUGACUGCUUUUGAAUGUAUAAUAAUGUGCUUUUUAUUUUUGAGUGCCAUGUUUUUGUAGUCAGUGCCAUAUGUGCAUUUUUUUCCCCGUGUGCCUAUCAUCAAAGUUUGCCAAAGAUUUAACAAUAUUUAUAUACUUGAAAGUAUUUUUUAGUCCUACUUAAAAGUAUUUUGUUUUAAAUAAAUUUUAUGAAAAUCAUUUUACACUUUUCUAAGCAUGGAAAUGCUGCUAUAAAAGUCUAUAGCUGAAUCAAAAACAAUCUUAUUUAUUGUGAUGAAUUUCUUUGCAUUUUUAUGAAAUGAAUUUCAAUUAAAAAAUCUAUUGCAUAUUGCUCACUGAAGGGCAAAUUUGACAUUU